GACAUUUGGGCUUGGUCCGUAAUAUCUGGCUCCGCUUUUCGACACCGCCUCAUAACGUUCACGCACUAUUUUCUUGUUGUUGUUGUGAUUAGUUUUUUUUUUUGUUGUUGUUAUUAUUGCAUUUAAUUAGUAUUGGAAAUAAUUUUUGUAUUGCGUACGCGUCUCAUCGUCGCGUGAAUUAUAUUUUGUUUACACCGUGUUCGCGUUGAACUUGUGAACGACGACUUCAACAUCUGCAUUAUAUUUUCAGGUGGUCACCUAUCGCGAUGUUGCUCGUAUUUACUAUUAUUUAGUCGUUUCGUCAGUCGUCACCGUCGCUGACAAUUAGUAACGGUAAAGUGAUAAAUUAAUAUUGUUGUAUAUUUUUACGUCGCGCGUUUCGCACUAAAAUCAGACGAUCGGCGUCGGCUUCUCCAGUCACGAUGGAAGCGGACGAUCAUCAGGACGACGAUAUCAAGGAGUCGAUGAGCGAAACCGAAGACGACAAAGACGUGAAGCAACAGCAACAGCAGGUGCAGCAGCAACAGCAACAGCAACAACAACAACAACAACAACAACAACAGCAACAACAACAACAUCAACAGCAACAAGACCAACAACCUACUAUAGUGCAAAUGCACAAUGGCCAACCUCAAAUUAUUACUUUAGCCAACCUACAGAAUUUAUUGCCUAUGCAGCAGGUACAACAAUUGACCCAAAAUCAACAAAAUCAAGGCAUCAAAACUAUAACAUCAAAUGGCACUACGAUACAACCAAUAUUUUCAGUUCAGGGAUUACCUGGUCAAUUUAUUCAGCAAAAUAAUCAAACAAUAACAGUUGAUGGACAAGAAGCACUGUUCAUUCCUACAAAUUCUAACAAUGGUCAAGGGGCACCUACUAUAUUUACACCAACAGGCCAGAUAGUUCGACCAUUGCAAACGAUUCAGCUUCAAUCAGGACAAAACAUUUCUGUACGUCAAUCAAAUAUGCCACAAGUAGUACAGUUGCCUUCUGUUCAGCAGACCAUACCUGUUCAAGUGCCUAUAUCGUCUAAUGGUCAGACUAUAUACCAAACGUUGCAUCUUCCUAUACAAUCUUUUGCUUCAUCUCUUCCAAACAUCAUACAGGGAAAUCAAGGCCAAUUGAUGCAAAUCCCUCAAUUGGCUCAAAUGACUCAGUCGCCUCAAAUGGCACAAAUAGUCAAUAGUAAUGGCCAGAUACAGACCAUCCAACUAACAUCACCAAUGGGUAAUGGCCAACAAAUACAGUUAGUGAAUACAUCCAGUGCAAAUAAUCAGUACCAAAAUGCAACAACUCCAGCUACUUCACCUAAUGUUAUGCACACAAAUUCAUCACCAAAUUCAUCUUCGAGUAGUAAUGAAAAUAGCCCACAACCACAACCUGUGACAAUUCAAACCCAGUCUGGACAAACUUUACAACUAAUUCCUCAACAACUAACUCUUGGAAAUAAUCCUCAACAAUUAACAGUAAUACCAACAAACAACCUUCCUCAGUUUUUACAAAAUAAUAAUGGUGUUACUAUUAGAGGAAAUAAUGUUGUUCAGUUACCAGCAACUACUCAAAACACAAAUCAACCACAAACUGUGAAUAUACCAGGAAUUGGAACUGUACAAAUCAUUACUUCUCUUGGAGGACAAAGCAAAUCUAAUGCCACUCAAACAUUACCACCUGGUCUACAAAAUAUACAAGUUAUUAAUGCUACUACUGGGCAACAAUUAGAAAACAUGGACCAAAAAUGGCAAAUUAUUCCGAUAGCUGGAACAAUGUUUCAGGAUGGAAGUUCAGUAACUGAAUAUGAUUCUCCCGGUGAGGAAAAACCACGAACAAGAAGAGUCGCUUGUACAUGCCCCAAUUGCUGUGAUGGUGAAAAACGAAAUGGUGCUGGUAAGAGGGUACAUAUUUGUCAUGUGCCAGGAUGCAAUAAAAUGUAUGGAAAAACAUCUCAUUUACGUGCUCAUCUUAGAUGGCAUACUGGUGAACGACCUUUUAUUUGUAAUUGGCAACACUGUGGUAAACGAUUUACUAGAUCAGAUGAACUUCAGAGACACAAUAGAACACAUACAGGAGAGAAGAGAUUUCAGUGCAAUGAAUGUCCUAAACGGUUUAUGCGUAGUGACCACUUACAAAAACAUGUUAGAACUCACUUGAAGCAAAAAAUGAUGGAAGGUAAUAGCAUUGUAGUUGGCAUAAAACAAGAUUCAGAAGUGGAUGAUGAAAUGGAUAUAGCUCCCAAACAUCAUAAUAUAAAUAACAUAAUUUUAGAACAGGAUGAUGAUAGUUCCUCUUCUUGUGAAAAUAAAAUGAUUAUUUUACAUGAUGAAAAUGUAUAACUUUUUUUUAUAUUUUACAGUUACCUAGGUGUAAUGAUUUUUUUUUUACGUAUUUUACAAAUGUAGUUUCCAUGAGUUGAUUUAUUUGUUCAUGACUUAUUAUUAUGUUAAUAAUAUGCUAUUAUUGUCUACUGUUAUUUUUUGGGAUUGAUAUUAUGUUACCAAUCCUUAGUUAUUUUAUAUAUUAAUAUUUUAUUUAUUCAUUAAUUUUUACAACUUAUUAGACAUUUCAUUUUAUACAUGGUACAUGUAGAACAUAAGCCAUUUACAAAUUAUUUGAUAUAUUAUUGUGAAACUUGUGUGAAUCCAUAUAAUUAUUGUUACCUUCCAUAAUGUUUUAUAUAUAUUUUGUACAUUUUACAUUAUAACAAAACUUAAAUGUAUGAAUUUACUCUAAGAUGUAAAAUAAAUUACUUGACAAAACAAUACUA